AUAUACUUUCAAAACACGUGAGCAACAUAACCUUUGAUAAACAAAAUCAGUAGGCACAUGCUGCCUAAUUUUUCAAAUAUAUAUUUUGAUAUAUAACAAAUCAGAGAUGGCAAAGUCAUCAGCAAUGGCGUCGAAGGCACCUCGUAAGCAGGGAUUCAAUCGAUCAGGUCACAGCAUGAAUCCCGAGCGAUCGACUGAGGGUUUAAAAGGUGUGGCUAAACCGCGUUCAAAGGGUACAAUAAAACGUUUGCAGAUGUAUCGAUGUCAAAAGGCGAAAAGAAAUAGCGUUGGUAAAAUAUUAACACCAGCUCCGUUCCAAGGCUGGCAGCCAUCAGGUACCAUGUCGCGAGUCGAGCCAUCGCCGCGUUGGUUCGGUAAUUCUCGUGUGAUAUCACAAAACGCCUUGCAAAAAUUUCAAACUGAAUUAGGAGCCGUUAUGAAAAAUCCUUAUCAGGUUGUCAUGAAGCCGACACAGUUGCCGAUUACGCUGUUGGAACAAAAAGCCGCUCGAGAGCGCUGUCAUAUACUUGAUACAGAAAGUUUUGAUACGGUAUUUGGUCCCAAAAAGCAGAGGAAACGCCCAAAUUUACCUGUUUCAUCGUAUGAUGAGAUGCAGAAGUUAGUCGAGGAGAGGGAAGAAAAAUAUGACAAAGAAAAAGAUGAGAAGGACUUUGACCUCAUAAAACCAGAUGACGGGGUUCGAAAUGCACAGCGCGACUGGGUUAUGGCUGCAGGUCAAAGUAAAAGAAUUUGGAAUGAAUUAUAUAAAGUUAUAGACUCAUCUGAUGUCAUCUUACAAGUAUUGGAUGCACGUGAUCCUCAAGGUACGCGGUCGCCACCUGUAGAAAAAUUUCUCAAAACGGAUAAGCCGCAUAAACAUUUGAUUUUUAUUCUCAACAAAGUAGACUUGGUGCCAACUUGGGUUACACAGAAGUGGGUUAAAAUACUCAGCAAAGAGUAUCCAACUGUUGCGUUCCAUGCAUCAUUGACUCAUCCCUUUGGCAAAGGUUCACUUAUCAAUUUACUUCGACAAUUUUCAAAACUGCAUAUCGACAAGCAACAAAUAAGCGUUGGUUUCAUCGGGUACCCAAACACCGGGAAGAGUUCGAUUAUUAAUACACUAAGGUCGAAAAAUGUCUGCAAAGUAGCGCCGAUUGCUGGUGAAACGAAAGUUUGGCAGUACAUCACUCUUAUGAAAAGUAUUUAUCUCAUAGAUUGUCCGGGUGUAGUUUAUCCGUCUGCUGAAACGGACACGGAGAAGGUUCUGAAGGGAGUGGUGAGAGUUGAGUUGGUAAAAAAUCCAGAAGAUUAUGUCGAGGCGGUUUUGGAACGGGUGAAACCUGAGUACAUGAAGCGCACAUACAAGAUUGACGAGUGGACAGACUGUAAUGAUUUUUUGGAAAAGCUGGCACGACGAACUGGUAAAUUACUUAGGAAAGGAGAGCCCGAUGUUAAUGCAGUUGCCCGCAUGGUGUUGAACGAUUGGCAGCGUGGCAAGUUGCCGUUCUUCGUUGCUCCCACGGUCAUAAAGGAAGGAGAACCCGCUUCACAGCAACAGCAGGAGAAGGAAUUGGAGAAGGACCAGCCGCAGCAAACAUCCAGUGAGGCGUCAUGCGAGCCAAUGACCGAAAAAAGUAUGACAGAGGGUCAGAUUAAUGCCGAUACCGAAAACAAAUCGGAUAAUUCUACGAAAAAUUCAACGUCAACGUCAGCAGAAAAAGAUAAAUUGCAGCCAAAUGUUUUACAAGAUUUCAGAAAAAUUCGCGUGACGUUAAGUUAUGUUGGCGAUGAUGUUAAAAAGCUUGAAGCAAGUACACUAAUUACAGAUGAUUCAGUUAGUGAAAUAAAUUCAGAUAAUUUAAGUAGGACGGAAACUCCAGGCGGGUCUGAAGACGAAAUUGAACAUGAGGAUGAAGAAGAAAAGUUAGAUUCUAGUAGAGAUGAAGCAGUUGACAUUAAAGAUAGAGACGAAGAUAAAAUUCCUAAGAUUGAUGAGGGAAACCAUGAGGUACAUCAGCUAAACGAAGAGGCGGAGCAUCUUGAGGCCAAAGACAAUUUGAUGCAGAGUGUUUUUGACGUACUCCCAGAUGAAUACGACUCGAGUGACAGCGAAAAUCCACCAACUAAAACAACCAAGUAUUUAACUAGCAGUGGAGCCUUCAAAGUUUCUCCGCUUAAAGGCGAAACCAAGAAUUCAAAUUUAACAAGCAAACAGCGACGUGGACUUGAACGUCAAAAUAAACGCAAGAAAAUUGGCAGUAAUUUCUACGAGGUUUCCAACGCCAAAAAUCGUAAUCGCAACAGAAAAAUUCCUAAGGUUUAGAAACUUUAAAAAUGUAUAUGUAAUUUUUUUUUUUAUUUAAAUAAUAAUAAAGCAUUAGUAAUAAUAACGGUA